CACCUAUAUAAUUGGACAACUAAUUUGCAACGCGUCAGCUUUUUGAAACGAAUUAAUUUUGCGUGUUUUUCAAGCUAACCCAUUAGCCUGUUGCAUGCAGCAUAUCAGCCACAAUGGAAACGCUGUACCAUCAAACGAAUAACACGCUUAAGGAGAUUGAGCAAUGCUUUCAGCGACUGGGACAAAUACUUCCGCAGGAAGCGGCUGACGUGGAGAACUCAAUCCAAAUGAAAAUAACACAGGCCAAUUCCAAUUGCGAUCGACUCGAUGUGCUGUUGUUCAAGGUGCCACCAUCGCAAAGACAAAGCUCCAAGUUGCGCAUAGAUCAGUUGAAAUAUGAUUUGAGGCAUUUGCAGACAUCGUUGCAACACGCGCGAGAUCGUCGCCAGCGGCGGCAGCAGGAGCUGAAUGAACGGGAACAGCUGCUCAAUCAUCGUUUUGCGGCAAAUAGUGCGCAGGACACGUGUCUGCAGCUGGACUACGAGCUGCAGCAUCACACACAGAUGCACAACUCGCAUCGUGGCGUGGAUGAGAUGAUUGCCUCCGGCAGCGGCAUACUCGAGAGUCUCAUUUCGCAACGGAUGACGCUGAGUGGGGCGCAUCGACGCAUUCAGGCAAUUGGGAGUACGCUUGGACUGUCGAAUCACACGAUGAAGUUGAUAGAGCGGCGACUGGUGGAGGAUCGACGCAUCUUUGUGGCUGGCAUGGUUUUCACCUUGCUGAUAAUCGCACUGAUUAUCUACUAUUUUAUAGUGCUUUAGUGAAUAUAUAGAGAAUAUCUUUCUAAUAUAGUUUAAAUUAAAUGUACUCGUAUUUUAA